CGGGUCUCAGAAACCUAGCACGAGGCGCGGUAGGUUUCUAGCGCUCGUCGCGGGGGUGAGCUGCAAUUCCUGCGGUGUCUUACCUUUGAAAAGGAGUAGAAACUAUUCGGAGCGCAUCGUGGUGGCCUGGGAUUGAGACUCCUGAACAAGACAGAAGAGGCCUUUGCUCUCACAGAGCUUACAGUCUACCAGCAAAACAUCAGAACAAUAAAUAAAGAGAUCUUUUAUCAGGUACACAAUGGUAUCAUUAAGCAAACCACUCUUCAAAGAACAGCAGUAACAUAUUCGUACUCAGGUGUUUGGUGAAGAGCAUAUCCAGAUCACUACUACCUGGAAGUGAUUGGUACUAUCCUGGUGCAAACCUUCAAGAAGAAAACAUUUGGAACAACAUGAAUCAGCAAAUGAAGAAAAAGACAAAGACUUGUGGACGGAAAGGCCUGGGUGGAAGAGCCCAGAAAGAAGUUGAACCCAAGCUAGGCAAGCCAAGCCAAGGCCCGCAGGCAGAAAUGGAAGUUCCCAGCAGGACUUGGGCAGCCUAUGAUGAAGACACCAGCCCUCAGGCUAUUGGAGAGGAUGAUUUCCCUGACUGUUACAUAGAAUGCAUAGUCAGAGGAGAGUUUUCUGAUUCUAUCCUGGGAGAAGAAUCACUUUUUAAGUCCUUUGAGUGCCUGGAGGAAGGAUCAGAACAAGAUCUUUCUCAGCAGAUUUUUGAAGCAAACUCCCUUCUUGAAUCUUCUUUGGAAUACGUGAAAAAGGGGGCAAAACAAGAGCUUCCUCAACAGAGGAAUUCACUUCGUGGGUGUUCUGAGUACAGGACAGGCAAAAGGCUUCCUCCCAGGGAGAUACCCUGCGGUGACAUAGCAGAUCCAAAGCAGUCCACAGGAUUUGCUAGAAAGAAGCCAGGAAAAGAUACAGUUCGUGGCACUGCUGCAACUCUUGUUUGUCCCCAGAGUGGAUGCACCAAAAAGCUGAAAAAUAGAUCUGCCCUGAGAAAACACCUCCUUGUACAUGGUCCCAAAGACCAUGUGUGUGCAGAAUGUGGGAGAGCAUUUGCAGAGAUCAAAUUAAAAAGGCAUUUUCUGGUUCAUACUGGAGAGAAGCCAUAUCAGUGCACCUUUGAAGGGUGUGGAAAGCGCUUUUCUCUGGACUUCAAUUUGCGUACACAUGUGUGCAUCCACACUGGGGAAAAACGCUUUGCCUGUACUUUCCCAGGCUGUAACAAGAGAUUUGUUCAAUCAAAUAACCUGAAAGUUCACUUCUUAACUCAUUCAAAGAAUGAAUGAGAAAGAAGUUGGAAAAUAGGCCUCAGAUAGGAUGAGCAUUAAUGGAAGAGUGAGUAGGGACAAAUAAAUAUGCCUCAUGGACAAUUAUUUCUGGGUAGGAACUUGUAAGUUAAUAUUACAACCCUAAAAGGCAUUGUUUUGUUGUUGCUCUUAUACUUUGCAAUACCAUUUUAAGAACAUUGUGUAUUCUAGUGUAUUUCCAACAGAAAUAUCAGAUAAAUUCACUUCAGAAUAUCUUCCUCAAUAUCUAUUGGAUUACUGGAUGUGCAUCUUGUUUUUGCAUAUUUUAUUAAUUUUGUAGUUACCAAUCAUAUAGUUUUUAAUCUUAAAACAUGUACUUCAUGAUUCAUGUGAUAAUCCUGGAUAAUGAAUAUUGUACAGUAGUCAACAAAUGAGUAAAUAAUUCUUGAA